UCGCGAGGACUACGCACGGUCUUAUAUGUUCUCGCGACUUCCUCCUUCCGGAAAGAUUUGAAACUUAAUAAUUUGAGUCGGAGACGCGCCAAAAUCAUUUCCUUAUAUCAGUAAGAACGAAAUAAUAUAAUAGUGUUUCUGUGAUACCGUGACAUAACGUGACUCGUUGACGAUCAUGCUUGCGUGUUUUACUACGAUCAGUUGGUGAUAGUGCUAGUCAACGACAGACCACGACAUUGCUCCUGGUGAACGAACAACUGAGGUGUUUUCGUGACAACGAGCUAGGACUCCCAUAAAUUUAACAUCGUUCUUCCAAGCACCGAGUGGUUCUUGUUGGUAUCAAGUGUAGCGGAAGUAGUGCAGAAAAUGUUACACUUGACGAGGACUGAAAUGACGCAGGAGUCACGGUGAGAAAAGGGCGAGGGUUUCACCCUCGCACGAAAAGGGGGUGCCAUGGCGAAGAACUUUAGUUUCGUCGUUGGUGCAAGCCCAUCGACUACCCCUCUCCUUAUUCGUCUCCUCCUACUCGGCUUCACCUCGUUCGUUCCCGCAACGCGUGCCGUGGAUCUUUCACAAUGCAUCGCACCACUGGGCAUGGAAUCCGGAGCAAUACCGGAUAAGGACAUCACAGUCAGUUCCACCUACGAUGCCGGAAAUGUUGGCCCGCAUCUGGCACGGUUGAAAACGGAGAGCCUCGGUGGUGCUUGGUGUCCAAAGAAUCAGAUAACAAAGGAGGCGAAAGAGUGGUUGGAAAUUGAUCUUCACACUGUCCACCUUAUCACUGCCACCGCUACUCAAGGUCGUUUUGGAAACGGACAAGGUGUCGAGUACUCAGAGGCUUAUCUUCUGGAAUACUGGCGACCACGAUUGGGCAAAUGGGUUCGUUACAGGGACAUCAAAGGACAAGAGGUAAUACCAGGCAACACGAACACGUAUUUGGAGUCCAAGCAUGAACUGGAGCCACCUCUGUGGGCUAGCAAGAUCCGUUUUCUGCCCUUCAGCCGUCACACGCGGACAGUUUGCAUGCGGGUCGAGCUCUACGGGUGUUACUGGAGCGAUGGUGUGGUUUCCUAUUCGAUGCCUCAGGGUGACAAGAGAGGUAACGAAUGGGAAUUCUUCGACGCCACUUACGAUGGCCAUUGGGACGACGAACUUCGUCGUGGACUGGGCCAACUAACUGACGGUAAAACGGGCCCAGAUGAUUUCAAGAUGGGCUAUUACGACGAUCGAGGACAGGGUUGGGUUGGCUGGAGAAACGAUACACGAAGUGAUCAACCGAUUGAGAUUAAAUUUGAGUUCGAUGUAGUCAGAGAAUUCUCGGCAAUUCAUAUUUACUGCAACAACCAGUUCACCAGAGACGUUCAGAUCUUCUCGCAAGUCGACAUACUCUUCAGUAUAGGCGGGAGAUACUACAACGGUGAGCCGAUUACCUACACCUACAUGGAGGACAAAAUAUUUGAAACGUCUCGUAACGUCACCAUCAAGCUUCACCAUCGUAUUGGCAAGUACGUGAAAUUGAGACUCCAUUUUUCCGCCAGAUGGAUCAUGAUCAGCGAAGUGAUUUUCGAUUCUGAUAUAGCUCAUGGUAAUUUCACAACGGAAGAAGCACCUACCACGGAAUCACCGAUCCAAAGUGAUGUUUUUGUUGAAAAAAAUGGAUCAGGCGUUGACGGUGAACUUCCUGUGUCAACUGCGAAACACGAUGAUCCAACUUACAUGGCAAUCGUAAUCGGUGUAUUGAUGGCAGUGAUACUACUCCUUGCCGUGGCGAUAUUUUUGAUUGUUUCAAGGCAUAGACAACGCAAAUGCUUUGCCAGUCCGAUGACUGGAAAAGCCCCAUCUCAUUUGGGUUCAACCUGUGCCACCGUUGAAAAAGGAGCAGCGUUGAUGGCUUAUACUUUGGAAGACGACGAAAGAUACGCCGGGGGUUCUUUACCUACCCUACCACGUGAUCUGGGCAAUCGUCUCCUGGAUAUCGCCAAGCUCGAUGACUAUCAGGAACCCUACCAAGCGUUGAAGUAUGCUCCAUACUACAGCUACAGCACCGUCGUUAUGGAGAUGAAAGACAUGAUGCUGAACAACAAGGGCACCAACAUCAAUCACUCAGCAGUGUACGCGAACGGUGCAGUUGACACAUCGUACGAUUAUGCGGUACCGGAACUCGGCACGGUACCACUCCUCAACCAAGAAGGAACCGGAGGAUGCGUUAGAACUACUACUGUAUCCAGUACGACCAGCGAGAAAGACAGUCUCUUCUCUAAAAAUUCUUCGCAUAGCACCAAGGCCGAGGACAAGAAGUCGCCAACACAACAGGAGGUACUGUCGGCCUUGAAAAGACGUCUCGAACAAACAAGCGUGCCGCUCUUCCCACGACAUCGUCUUCGCAUGCUUUCCAAACUCGCUGAAGGUGCCUUCGGGACGGUAUAUGUUGCUGAAGCCGAAGGGAUUCCUGAGUAUGGAACAACGACCACCCUCGGCAAACGUUUCGUCGCCGUCAAGUUUUUAUUACCGGAAGCCAGCGAGAAGGAAAAGCUCGAUUUCCAGAGAGACGUGAGGAUUUUAGCGGCACUCGAGGAUCGCAAUAUUGCUAGGGUUUUGGGUGCUUGCUGCCGCGAGGAACCCUACUGCGUUGUGAUGGAAUAUUUGGAACAUGGGGACCUCUGUCAAUUCCUAAAGACGCAUAUCACUGCAGAGGAUGCCCAUUCCAUGCCAAUCGGUGUUAAGACGCUUAGUUUCAACUGUCUCAUCUAUAUGGCAGCGCAAAUCGCAUCGGGCAUGCGGUAUCUCGAGAACCUCAACUUUGUGCAUCGGGAUUUGGCUACUAGGAAUUGCUUAGUUGGAAAAGCUUAUCAUAUCAAGAUCUCAGACUUUGGUACGGACAACGAACUAUAUGCCUGUGACUAUUACAAGGUGGAUGGAACUGUACCUUUGCCUGUUCGUUGGAUGGCUUGGGAAUCUAUAUUUUUAGGCAAGUAUACAACGAAGAGCGACGUAUGGGCGUUCGCGGUGACUCUUUGGGAGAUCCUAAAUCUAGGAAGGCGAGUUCCUUAUGAGCAUUUGUCGAACGAAGAAGUGGUAGAGAGUCUCCGAAGAUUUCAUCGUGCUAACGAAGAAGACGGCUCAGCUUCGGAAAGUGGUUGUACCGAUGGAACGAACGAUCAUUUCGACUAUUUGCCUAGACCAACAGCUUCCUCGAAAGAUAUCUACGAUUUGAUGCUCGAAUGCUGGCGUCGCGAGGAAAACGAACGUCCAACGUUCCGCGAGAUUUCACUUUUCUUACAACGGAAAAAUCUCGGAUACGCCCCAACAUCUUGAUAUUGAACCCUGAACACCAAUGAGGGCUAUGAUUUCUUUCGUGUAACUUUCCGAUCUUCCGACGUUAUGAGGAUUGGACGAUGAUAACUUCAUCGAUUUUUCUUCUAUCUGUUAUUUAUCAGUUUCAGAACGGAUUUAUGAACAUUGAUGAAUAAAUAAAUAUCUUCCAAUUAAUUAGGAGUUUAGCUCCGCGCAUCUUAUGGAAAUUAGAUGGGCUGAGGAAAUGUAUUUUUGACGAUUACGCUUCUACGAAAAGGAUGUCAUCGAAUUGGUUCUUUUUGAUGAGAGAUUGUUAGGAGCCCAUAUCGCGAACAUUCCUUAUUAGAAUUUACAAGAAACUCCCGCUUGAUUGGAAUCAUUAAAUUCUUUGUCGUUUUCUUUUUGUUUUUCAACGAAAAGAAAGAGCUGAGAAUACAUACAUUUGAUUUUUCUAGAAGACGAGAAUAUGACGUUGGACUGUGACUUCGACAAUCCAAUGAGUGCGCCGUGAUUCUUAAUAACUCGUUUAACAAAAGGCUACUGCGUUUAUACGACUGAACGAUAGAAUGGCGAUGACGCCUCUGAUAUAAUAGACUUAAGAUUAAAUGAAAAAAAAAGAAAGAAAAAAAAAAAGAAAAAAAUGAGAAUGAAAAAGACAAAGAAAAAGAAAAGAUAAAGGUAAAAAUAAAGAGGAAAAUAUUCAAGAUCCUUCAUAAAAUAAACGUUUAGGAGCAAUACAAUGUAAUUAGCUAUUAAAUACUGCUGUGAACAUUCCUGCAUAGACGAGUAUAUAAUCUAUGCCUUUGAGUAAUUACUUGAUCGAUUAAUCAUGAUACGAUCGAUAAUUCAGCACAAUGCUCGUUACUUAAUCGAAUAAAAGUAGCAGCGAAGAGUGAUUGUUUGUUGGUUGGUUCUUUUCUCUAUUUAAUUAAAAAUUACAUCGACCAUAAUGGCAAUAUAUUAAUUAUAACAAUAUAAACGCUGUGACUAUCGUUGCUAACUAAUGGAAAAUUGCGAACGGAUGUAUGUGACAAGUAUGAUGGAGUGCGUGUGUAUAUGAGUAUGCGUGUAUCGAUCUAUUUCUCUUCGAUAUUAUAUAAAUUAAAAAAAAAAUCUCUUCGAGACAAGUCUGCAUGUAUAUAUAUUCGUAAUGAUCAUAAACAAAUUUUAUAGAAUUAAAGCGAUACCAAGCGACAUGAGUUUUCAUAUUUGCUUUUAAUAUUAAUUUAAAAAAUUUAAAUAAUUUAUCUUACUUUUAACAUGUAACUUUUAUGAUCCUUUUUAAUUCAUGUCACUUGAUAGUCAGAUGUAAGAACUUUCAAGAAUGCUAAGAAUUGAAAUUCGGUAACGUUGUACCGUUCUUGUAGUGGACAUCUAUAUUGAUAUAUCGAAACAAAUCAUCGAACGAAAAAUAAAGAAAGAAAUACAUAAAUUGAAAUAAACACAUAUUCAAUUAAGGGCAAUAUCGAAACAUAAUGACAACAGACAGGUUAUUAAUAGAAAAAAGAAAAUUCUAUAUGCUAGGCGGGAUCAAUGAUACUAGUAUAAAUAUAUCGUGCAUAGGAAUGCAUUAAUAAACAUAGUAUAACAAUUAUUUCUUUUGAAAAUCGCACAAUUUCUUUCGGCAAUUUGAAAAAAAAUCAUGGAAAUGCUUGUUCGCUGUUAAUGAAUGAAGCUUUUGAAAAAUAUCAUUUUCGCAAAUGUUUCAACAUAUCGUGCCGUGUUCCUUCGUGCUUAUUUGAACGAAAGAAUAAGAGUUAAGAGGAGUAAAAAAACAUGGGAAAUCGAAAAGCAAUAGAUAAAGAAAUCGGAUUAUAUUAUACAAGUGUGUAUAUACGUACGUGCAUAAUCACUUUGACGAAAAUUUAAUUGGAACGAAAGAGUUCAACGAAACGAUUCAAUCAUUAAGUUCCAUUGUGUAUGUAUAUGACAGAUAGAUUACUACGGAAAAAAGAAACUGUUGUCUUUCAUAAUGCUGUUUCAUUCUUCUUCUCCGUACUUAGUCGUGCGUAAAGGAAAAACGAACAACAUUGUGAAAUGUAAUAGUACGCGUAAUCUUAACGUAUAGGGGAUGUUACCGUUAAAACGUUAAAAAUACUAUUUAUAUAAAUUAAUCUAAUGCCAUUUAAGGAAGUAGAUAGUCAGAAAAUUAGUCAUAUACGUUUUUCGAAUAUGUUUAAUUCGAGCGUAACUAAAAUCGGAUUAGUCUCGUACAUUUGUACGAGCAAUAUCAAAUUUGUGUCUAUCUGUUCACGUCUUUACAUAUAAUCGCACCAAAAAUGAUUGAACACAUUUUUCUUUAGAAGAAUCUCUCAAAUUUCUUUCUCACAUUUACUGUCUCAAAAUGAAGUUAAAUUCAUGAACUUUUUAAAAAUACAAAAAAUGAUAAAGCGGACAAAUAGACACAAUGUUUGAUUGUCUGUGAAUCAUACACAUUGUAUUAACAUUAAUUGAGUGAUAUGAAUUGCAGUUUCGCUCGAAUUACAUUGAUAUAAAAAUAAUGCUGCCUUUGGCUAUAUCGUUGCCCCUACUGCUAAAGAGUAACUCACUUGUCUACUCAUGUGAUAAUUCAGUAUAUCUCUUCGUAUCUACCUGUACCUAACUAGCUCGAUGAAAUUUUCAGAAGUGAAAGGAUUACAUUUUUCAAACCCUACGCGAUUAUUUCGAAAAGAAUUUUUUUUAUUAAUUUAUUAUAGAACAGCAUCGAAAAGAAUAAUCAACCGCGUUGCUUGUAUCGUUUAUUUUAAAUUAAAAAUUAAUUCUCUUAAAGAAGUCGCGAAUAAAAAUGUAAUUCUUUUCUAACUGAGAGAAAUGAAAUCGAGAUGACUAUUCUACCUAAUAUGCGCCUUCUCCGCCAAUUAUAUCGAAUAAUUUUAAGUUCGUUGCGACAUAGAGCUCUGUCAAAGUCGUUAGCUAAGUGAUCGCUACGUGCUGAGAAAAGUCAUACGAAUAAGUGUUAUUGUGUAAUAACUCAUUCAAAAGGUCCCUUGUUUUGCAUAUUUAAUAUAUUACUAUAAAUUAUUUUGUAGAAAUACUUCACUCUCUGCAAGUUAACCAGAACAUGUAAAAAAAAAAAGGAUUAAUAAGAAAGAGCGACUAUUUGCGUAAAUUGAGUUAAAAAGUAAUUUAGCACCUUCUUCUGAAGUAAAACUUAAUUUUGAAAGCAUCGGAUUACCGGUCUAUCGUGGAAUUGAAUGAAAUCGUUAAGACAUAAAUAAAUAAUCGGGAAGAGACUAUGAAGAGCUCACCUAGUUAUAUCUUCUGUAUCGGACACGGGCGAAAUCUAGCACCUUUUUAUUUUUCGCUUCAACAUUAAAGUCUUUUAGAUAUCAAAUAUCCUCAUCGAUAGAGAAAAAAAAAGGAAAGAGAUCAAAGACAAGGAAGGAUAGAGCUCAAAGAAUACAAAAAAAAAGAAAUGGAAAAAAAAGAAAUAUUCAGCCCGUGUCUGUUCUUACAAUGCUAUUAAAAGAGAGAGAGAGAGAGAGAAGAAAGGAAAGAAACCUUAAUCGUUAUAGUCAUAAAAUUAUUUUGUACUAAAAACUGUUUAUAAUUUUGUAUCUAAUCUCUGUAAAUACUAAACGGUCGUUUUCGACUAAAAAAAAAAAAAAAAGAAAAAAAAGAGAUAAGAAAAGAAAGAAGAAAAACUAGAGACAAUGAAAUACGACGUGAGAGUCGAUUUAAUUAGACUGUUUAAUAAGAGAUCGGAGGGUGAGGUGAUUAAUCAGAAGCUAUGGUUUUAUUUCAUGGUUUCAUAUGACAUGAUCGAAUCAUCCUAUUAACCUGUGAUCUUGUUUCAAAUGUAUACUGGGAGAAUAUAGUUUUUUUUUUAUUUUUUAUAUACCAUAUUAUAUCCAUUGUAUUUAUCAAGUACAGGUAUGAAAAAAACGAUACCAUGUUCGGAAAUCAUAGCUUCUGAAAAUAGUCACGUUAUAUAUAUAUAUAUAUAUAUAUAUAUAUAUAUAUAUAUAAUUAUUUAUAAUACACGUGCACGAAUAUACAUAUGCACAUGUAUACGUGUGCGUGUGUAUAUAUGUGUAAUUACUUUAAAUGGUAGUAAAAGAGUUGCUAAGAGAAAAAAAAUUAAUAAGUUAAAUCGAAAGAAUGUAAUUAAAUUUCGUAUAGAACGGGACUGGUAACGUAACGAUGUACAACGAUUUAGAAAUUACUUGUAUCAUAAACGAAUCGACAAUUAAGGGACAAAUCAUAAAACUAUAUAUGUUAUUCGGUAGCUGUGUAUAUAUAAAUAUAUGAUAUAACAUUAUAUGUAGAAUAUAACUAGUCACUUCUUGCGGUCACUUUGUAGUGCACAAAAUGCGACCGACGAUCGCGAGAAAAAAUAAAUAUAUGAUAGAAGAAAAAGAAAGAAGAAAUAAUAGAUGAAACUCUUGUUUCUGAACUUCAAUUGUUCAACGCGAUCAAUCAAUCGAGCAUUCACGAAUUUUUCUGCUAACUGCGAGAUCACAAUGCAUCGGUUUUUAGAGCACAACAAAAAAAAAGCCGAUAUACUAUAACGUGCAAAAGUAUUGAAUCGUAAUACUUUGGUAAUGACUUAAAGUGUUCUUUGCUGAAAUCAAAUUCUGAGCAAGACAAAGUUAGUAUAUCUAAAAUAUUCAUUAAAAUUAUACAAUUGACAUUUAAAUUGAUCAGAGUUAAUCAAAUUGUCUGUUACUUGUUUGUAUAUUGAUCAAAACUACAAAGUACUUAUUAUACUCAAGUACUUAUUAUAUGUAAAACCGAAAGCAUAUAUUUAUCAUACGAAUUUGAUGCAUGUGCAAUUCUAAAAAGGAAAAUGCAUCGUUUUAGAGUCAUCACCAAAACAAUACCAAAGUCAAUACUUUUACACAUCACCAUGUAAUAUUUUCUUAACGGGACAGAAUCAUUGCCAAUAAUUAUAUUCACAUAUUCGUUUAAUCAGAACGAUCUCCGAAUAAAAUAGAGAAUCAUUCUCUACUCAUUACAACUCUGAAUCAUGGUGUGUAAUCGAGCAUGCAUCCUCCACUUUUACCGUAAUAUUUAUUAGCAUGUUCCUUAUAGAGCUCGAAGGUACGAUGUACGCGCGAAAUCUGAAAGAAAAAGAAAAAGAAGAGUUCGUACCACUCGAAUGUGCGAUAUACCGUAAUAUUGCAGCCAUAUAAAAAUUUUUCAUCUGCAUAUGGUUAUCAGUACAUUCGUAAGGAAUAUGUUAAUGCAUCUCGCAUUAAAUAACACGACUAUACGAUCCGAUUUUUGUCUGUGUUUUCUUGUAAAGCCUUUUAUAAUAAAUUAAUCGAUUCCUUGAAAUGCAUCGAAGUCUGGGCACGUACGAAGCACAACGACGGUUUCUAUUUGUAUAAGACAGUGGAACGAAAUAAUAAACACAUUUGAAUGAA